GUGUGUUUUAUUUAUUUGAUUGUAAACAAAUCUGCUUUUCACCAUGCCUGGGUUAAUGAGUGUUGCAGAAUUUGUUGGCGAAGUACGAGAAGAUUAUAGUUCUCCUACGACUUCAUCUUUCGUUAGCAAAAUAGCUUUGUGUCGUCAAACUGUUACUGCACUGGAGGAGACACUUGAUUUUGACCGAGAUGGUUUAACGAAAAUGAAGAAAGCUGUUAAAGCCAUUUACAGCAGUGGAAAUUCUCAUGUUGACAAUGAAAAGUAUUUAUCCAAGACUUUAGAUAGGCUUGGGGAGAAUGCUGUAACUAAGGACCAAGAACCUGAUAUAGGAACAGCCUAG